UCCAAUGCGUUUACAAUAUCGAUUUCUCUUUGUUCUCCCUGUGUUUUCGUCAUUUGUUCAUCUUUGGUUGCAUCAAUGGCGUUGAGAUACAGGAAAAAUGAUGAAAUGGUGAUCGUAAACCAUGAGGAACGAUCGUCUAUGGCAAAAAAUCACAAACGGCGGUGGAGGAUGGCCUUCGCGGCGAUUUGUUUCACCAGAGUUCUCAUUUCUCUGUCGAAGAAAGUCGGCGGCCGGCGCAAGUCCGGCGGCCUCUUGCGCUCGCUCUCUUACGUUGCUGUUGAUGUGCCACUGAACGAUGGUGAUAGCACGGAUUGCGGCGAGCUGUCGUGCAUGGCGGCGUUUUCCGACGUCGAUCGGGAAGUUCUGAGCGAGAUGGUGAGGGAGAAGGAUUCUGAUUGUUUGGAUCGAUUUGGAGGUGUUGAAGGAUUGGCAGCUCUUCUGGAAACCAGUGCCAAUGGCGGAAUUAGUGCAACUGAUGAUGACCUAAUUGCCAGAAGAAACGCUUUCGGAGCCAACACAUAUCCGAAGCUCCAUGGCAGAAGCUUCCUCAGUUUCGUGAUCGAAGCGUUCAAGGACACUACGAUUAUCAUUCUCUUGAUCUGUGCAGCGCUUUCUUUAGGAUUUGGAAUUAAGCAGCACGGUUGGGACGAUGGAUGGUACGACGGCGGCAGCAUUGUGAUCGCCAUAUUUCUGGUGGUGGUGGUUUCCGCUGUGAGCAACUUCAACCAGUCGAGACAGUUCGAGAAGCUUUCCGACGAGAGAGACGACAUCAAAAUUGAUGUCGUGAGAGCCGGUCGACGAAAACCAGUUUCGAUAUUCGAGGUCGUGGUUGGAGAUGUCGUGCGGUUGAAAAUCGGCGAUCAGGUUCCGGCCGACGGAGUGUUUCUCGAGGGGCAUUCGCUGAAAGUCGACGAGUCGAGCAUGAACGGAGAGAGCGAACACGUUGAAGUAAAUCUAGGGACUAAUCCGUUUCUGCUAUCGGGAACAAAAGUGAGCGAUGGAUUUGGUGUGAUGAUGGUUACUUCUGUGGGAAUGAACACGGCCUGGGGAGAGAUGAUGAGCUCAAUAAGGGAGGAAGUUAAUGAGCUUACUCCAUUACAAGCGCGCUUGAACAAGAUGACCGCCGUCGUUGGGAAGCUCGGGCUGACGGUCGCCGUGCUUGUUCUUCUUGUUCUAUUGCUUCGCUACUUCACCGGGAGCACCAAGGAGUUCAAUGGAAGCAAGACAUCAUUCAACAGCGUGAUGAAUGCGGUUCUCGGCAUGGUUGCUGCUGCUGUUACGAUCGUUGUGGUGGCGAUUCCCGAAGGUUUGCCUCUUGCUGUUACUUUAACUUUAGCUUACUCCAUGAAAAAGAUGAUGGCGGAUAAUGCAAUGGUUAGAAAACUCUCCGCUUGUGAGACCAUGGGCUCCGCUACAACAAUUUGUACGGACAAAACAGGCACCCUCACUUUGAAUGAGAUGAAAGUGACUGAGUUCUGGAUUGGGGCAGAUGAAAUAGACAGAUAUUCCUCUUCUACGAUUGAAGCCAAAGUUGUUGAAGUUCUGCACCAAGCAAUUGGACUGAACACAGCUGGUAGUGUUCAAAGACAGCCAACUUCUUCUUCAUUGCUACCAGAAAUAUUCGGGAGUCCGACCGAGAAAGCGAUACUAUCUUGGGCGGUUUUUGACCUGGAUUUGAACUUAGAUGAACUGAAGAAGCAUCAUGAGAUAAUCCAAGUGGAGACUUUCAAUUCAGAGAAAAAGAGGAGCGGGGUUUUGACGAGACAAUACGGUGAGAGGCUUAUACAUACACACUGGAAGGGAGCGGCAGAGAUGAUAUUAGCCAUGUGUUCGUAUUGUUACGAGAGACAAGGAACAGUUAGAGCCAUCGAUGAUGAAGGAAGAAGGCGCCUUGUUGCUAUAAUCACAACCAUGGCAGAGAAAAGUCUGCGAUGCAUAGCCUUUGCCCACAAGACGAAUGGAGAAGAUCAAAAUCUAGAGACUCCUGCAAAACUCGACGAAUCGGGAUUGACAUUACUGGGGAUUGUGGGUUUGAAGGAUCCUUGCAGGCCAGGAGUUAGAGCAGCGGUAGAAUCAUGUAGAGCUGCUGGAGUGAACAUAAAAAUGGUAACAGGUGAUAAUCUGCACACAGCAACAGCCAUAGCAAUUGAAUGCGGUAUACUUGAUCUCAAUGAUGAUUUGAGUAGUGAAGUUGUAGUAGAGGGCAAAGAAUUUAGAAACUACACACCUGAGGAGAGAUUGGAAAGGGUUGGUAGAAUCCGAGUGAUGGCUAGAUCUUCCCCAUUCGACAAACUUCUCAUGGUACAGUGCUUGAAGAAUCAGGGCCAUGUGGUGGCAGUCACUGGUGAUGGCACAAACGACGCCCCUGCUCUUCACGAGGCAGACAUUGGCCUUUCCAUGGGGAUUCAAGGAACUGAAGUGGCAAAGGAGAGCUCGGACAUAGUCAUCUUGGACGAUAACUUCACGUCAGUAGUGACCGUCUUGAAAUGGGGAAGAUGCGUUUACAACAACAUUCAGAAGUUCAUUCAAUUUCAGCUAACCGUGAAUGUUGCUGCACUUGUUGUCAACUUCAUCGCUGCCGUCUCUUCCGGUAAAGUCCCCCUAACUGCAGUUCAGCUACUGUGGGUGAACCUCAUAAUGGACACAGUGGGAGCUUUAGCCUUAGCCACAGAGCGACCCACCAACGAUCUCAUGCUGAAAACGCCAGUCGGGAGAUCCGAGCCAUUGGUAACCAAAGUCAUGUGGAGGAACCUCAUUGCUCAGGCUGUGUAUCAGGUGACAGUCCUGCUGGUUUUGGAAUUCAAAGGAAGAUCCAUCUUCAAUGUGAAUGAAAGGGUAAAAAGCACGCUCAUCUUCAACACUUUUGUUCUGUGCCAAAUCUUCAAUGAGUUCAAUGCAAGGAAGCUGGAGAAGAAGAACAUAUUCGAAGGAUUACACAGAAGCAAGCUCUUUUUGGCAAUAAUUGCAAUAACCAUUGCUUUUCAAGUGAUAAUGGUGGAGCUUCUGGGAAGGUUUGCCAAUACUGAGAGGUUAAAUUGGAGCCAGUGGGGAUCAUGCAUUGGCAUUGCUGCUUUGUCUUGGCCAAUUGGAUGGGUCUCCAAGUUAAUACCAGUUUCUGCCAUGGAAUUUCCAAGGAGAAGAACUUCUGCACCAUGAAAGCUUCAAUCAACACAAUCAGACUUGUUUAGCAACUCCAAAAGACGGUUUCCUUCAAACAUGACUUGUUUACAGAAAUUAAAGUUCAUCUCCUUGAUACUUGGCAAAUCAU